GCCAUACAGAUUAAACGGUGCUCAAACUCCAUUAAUUUCAGAACUGACACCGAUGUACUGGGCACGGCGUACAGUGCUUUCUUCUGAUUGUUUACGUGUGCUAUCUAUUUACUCCUCGCGGUGACGGGCUCUCUUUGUUUAUAGUCAGUUUUCAAGCAGUUAUACGAGUCGGAGUUUCGUGGUGGCCACCGUUGUAGUUUUAGUUCUCGUGUUUUUAAAAGUUUUUAUUUUUCCGCGUAGACAUUCGACGAUUUUAACAUUUCGCGUGGACAAUCGAUCAGUUUUAUGAAUAGUUUUUAAGUUAUAAUGUGUGCCUGCCUGAGGAUGACCCCCAUGCGGGGCGAAACGUUACGGAUGCGUAGGAACUAAUGUUUCGAUUUUUUAUGGCUGCAAGCUGAAUAAAUAAGAGUUUCAGACGGAGUUUUGAUACAGGAUGAGCUUAAUUUGGUCGUUUAGAAAUUCUGAGACACUAAACCGUACAAUAACAGCCAUGAGUUGGAACAAAGUCAAUCACAACAUCGUAGCUGUGGGUUACGGAAAAUAUUUUUAUAGCGAGGCCAUGAACGGACUUGUUUGCUGUUGGUCCGUCAAAAAUCCGUGCCAGCCUGAGCGAAUGUACCAGAUUCCCCAACCCGUGACUUCUUUAUCCUUUUCGAGGGACCAACCAAACUUACUCGCGGUCGGCUGCUAUAACGGAGCCUUUUACAUCAUUAACAUAGCUCCUCAAGAGACUGACACAAUAAUUUUAAACGAGAUGAAAAACGUAACAACUCACGGUCCGUUAUGGAAGGUGUUGUGGUUCUACCAUACAAAUUUUGUAAAGGAGACGGAGGAAAUAAUUACCGUGGAUCAAAGUGGGCACGUGCGAAAAUGGAGCAUCGAGGCAGAUUAUGCUUGCCAUGAGUUGAUCAAGUUGAAGUACUUUCACGAACAUUCAGGAAGUGAAAAAAUGGAACAAGCGGACGAAAUUACUCAAAGACUCAUGGCUGGCUUGUCCCUUUCUUUGCAUCCUUCGAACAGAACUCUCUACUACGUUGUGACUGAAGAAGGAUACAUAGCGUUGUGCUCCAUAACAAAUCGAGACCAAUAUAUGAGCGUGAUCCAAGGGCACAUCGGACCAAUCUACGGAAUCCAUCACUCGCCGUUUUGUCCUCUUAUUUUUAUCACCCAUGGCGCCGACUGGAACUUAUGUAUUUGGGCUGAGAAUAUGACCGAGCCACUCUCAAAGUUGUGUUGCAGCAUGGACGCGGUAAAUGACGCUGCUUGGUCUCCCACCCAUUCUACGUUUUUGGCUAGCGUAAGCGGAGAUUGCAUCCAUUUAUGGGAUAUUUCUCGCAAGACUGUGACGCCUUUGUCGACAUUAAAAGUUUCAACCGGAGGCUUGACAUCUAUUGUCUUCUCACCAUCUGGAAAGGUAAAUUUUAUUUAUGUAUCUAGCAGGAAAUCCGUGCUGCGCACAGAAAAAAAACAUGAUCAUUAUUUAUCAGCGGGACGAAGGGAUCAGUUCCAAAAUCUUGUUUUAUGCGUAAUUUAAUCCAUCAAAAAUGUGUGUGGGUAAUCCUUCAAGAAUAAGCGUGUGUCCAAUUGUGAUUUUGCAGAACUCAGCUGAAAAGUUUGUUUUCUAAGACACCUAUGAGUAAAAAUGUUUCUAAAGAA